AUGUCCGCACCAGCAGACGAGGCGGAUGAAGCAGUUGCCGCAUUUGCCGCGGACGAUCCGGACUUGGCGAAACUGUUGCCUACGCUAGACGAGGAAGACUUGGAAGCACUGAAGGCGGCUGACGAAUGGGUGUACGAGUGCGUAGUCCUGAGUCGUGUCUUGCACUUCAAGGCUCUUCGGAUUGCCCAGAUACUGAACAUUAGCCACUAA